UUUUCAAGACUCAACCAAUUGAAACGUCGUCGCUUUUGAGAGUUAAGAGUAGACAACGCUUCUUUUAUUCCGUUCAAACGCUGUUCUAUUUAAACUCUCAUUCUCCAUAUAUUCUCUACACUCUCCAUUUUCCGUUAACUUCUAUCUUUUUGUAUUUCAUUUCUGGAUCUGCAUCCAUUGUAGUCCUUCAAAUUUUGCAGAGUUAAAGUAGUGAGUGAAGUCACAAUGGAAAACGGCCAUAAGUUCCAGGAAGUUUCCAAGCCUAAAUAUGAUUGUCUAUUGUUUGAUGUUGAUGAUACCCUUUAUCCUCUGAGUUCUGGAAUAUCAGCGAAUACAGCAAAAAAUAUUGAAGAGUAUAUGCUUCAAAAGCUUGGAAUGGAGGCUGCUACAGUUCCUGAAUUGUGCUAUUCAUUAUACAAGACUUAUGGGACAACAAUGGCUGGUCUUAGGGCAAUUGGCUAUGACUUUAACUACAAUGACUUCCAUAGUUUUGUUCAUGGGAGAUUGCCAUAUAAUUUACUGAAACCGGACCCCAUUCUCAGGGGCAUUUUGCUAAGUCUGCCUAUUAGGAAAGUGGUUUUUACCAAUGCGGACACGGGGCAUGCAAUUAGGGUGCUUCAAAGGCUUGGACUGGAGGACUGUUUUGAAAGAAUAAUAAGCUUUGAUACUCUGAAUUCCGUUGACAAUCCUCCUAAUGACAAAGAUGGCAGUGCAAUUUUCGAUUUCUGUAAGUACACACGCCAGCCUGAUUCUGAUAUGGUGCUUCCAAAGACACCUGUUGUAUGCAAACCCUUUGAAGAUGCAUUUGAAAAGGCUUUCAAGUUGGCUGACAUUGACCCUCAAAGAACAUUGUUCUUUGAUGACAGUCUCCGCAAUUUACUGACAGCUAAACGUUUAGGCCUCCAUACAGUUGCGGUGGGUACAUCUGUGCGUAGUACAGGUGUGGAUCAUGCAUUAGCGAGUAUCCAUAAUAUCAGAGAGGCAUUUCCAGAGCUAUGGGAAGCCGAUGAGAAGCAUGAAGUUGUGAACUAUAAGGUUGCAAUUGAAACAUCAGUAGAAGCAUAGCUCAAAAGUUUACCUACUAUGAUUUGUUUGUGGUGUCUUUAGUAUGUUGCCACCUAUGUAAUUGUUAUUACUUAUUACAUUUGAAAAUGAAUCUUUUUAUUCAUAGUUCGAUCUACGACACCUUGAAAACAAUGCGAUUUUGCACCCUAUCUAUCUCUUCUAUUUAUGUUAAUAAUGAUUUAAACAA